AGCUGUGCGAAACAUCGAUGUAGUAUCGAUACAUCGAUGUUUCUCCUUUCGUAAAAAACAUCGAUGUUUUUUCUCCGAUGUUCGAUGUUUUUGCCAGUUUUUCCAUCACUGAGAAAAAAACGCAGUAAAAGCUAGAGCGUUAUUUUUGGAGUUAUUGGUGUUGGCAGGCAGUGGUUAUAAUGCAUAAAUAUCUUAGAGCUUCAAAUGGGCAAGGUUGUAGUGCGGCAACCAUUGAAGAAAAAGAGCAAGAGGAAGAGCCGCAAGCCAAAAAGGCGCGAUAUGGUCAGUCCAAUGUGUGGAAUUUUUUUAAUAAGUCCUCGGAUGGCAAGACUGCCAAAUGUUUAAAAUGUGGUAAAAUUUAUCAAACCAGCGGAAACACCACCAACAUGGCGGGACAUUUAAAGCGGGUACACCCAACGUUAACGGUGAGUGAGUUGCCAAAGGCUUCAGGACAUAUGGCGGCUUAUUUGGAUAAAAAAUAUGAAGCCUCAUCGAAACGGAAGAGAGAUUUGGACAGCGCAUUGUUAAAUUUCAUUUGCUCCGAUUUACGUCCAUUUUACAUUGUAGAAAACGAGGGAUUUAAGCAAUUUGUAAAUGCUUUGGAUCCCCGAUACGAAUUGCCUUCACGAUCAACAUUGCUUUCAACAUGUUAUAAUAAUUUAUUCAUGAACAUGAGAAUGAAACUGAAAAGCAUUUUGCAAGAAGUGGAAUAUUGCGCUGUGACAACCGACUGUUGGACAUCUCGAGCCAACGAGGCUUAUUUGACCGUAACUUGCCAUUUUAUAGAUCCAGAAUUUAAACUUCGCACAGCAGUACUUUCGACUAGUAAGUUACAGAAUGAGAAAAAUCAUUCUGCAGAAAACAUUGCGAACUCUCUAUGUGCAGUGCUAAUUGAAUGGGAAGUUAUGGACAAAGUUGCAGCCAUUGUUACCGAUAGCGCAAGAACAAUGAUAAAAGCAUGUGAGAUAUUGCAAAAAAGACAUGUGCCAUGCUUUGCGCAUGUUAUUAAUUUAAUAGUUCAACAAUGCCUGAAUCAAGAGAAAAUAAAAGUUAUUAUGGGGAAAUGCAAAAGUAUUGUGGGAUUUUUUAAGAAAAGCACAGUAGCUUACGCCAAGUUUAAAGAAGCUCAAAAUACAGAGAAGCCAUACAGUUUAAAGCAAGAAUGCCCUACAAGAUGGAAUAGCGCAUUUCAUAUGAUUGAAAGAAUUCUUAAAACAAAUGAUGCUAUAAGCAGUGUUCUUCUUUCAACCCCAAAGGGACUUGCCCCGUUUUCGGCUGACGAAAUUUUAAUUUUAAAAGACAUAAAAAUUUUAUUGCAACCUUUUGAAUGUGCAACAUUGCAACCUUCUUCGCGAACGUUGGUCACGUUGAAGGUCGCGAAAGCUGCAAUUGCUUAUUGGAGGGCAUAUCGUCCAGACUACUGCAAUAUGAAAUUCGCAAUGUUCCUCGAGUGGCAACUUUGCUAG